CUCUCUCUGACUCUCUCUCUGACUCUCUCUCUGACUCUCUGUCUCUCUGUCUCUCUGUCUCUGAUUCUUUCUCUUUCUCUUUCUCUCCAUUUUCCUUAUCAUAGUGUUGUAGCCAUCAAGAUAUACAUAAAGUAGUAUGCAGAUUCAUCUUUAUCAAACUGUAGAUAAAAGUUUUAAUACAACAACAACUCACUUAGCUCUUCAACUUCCAGAAAUAGUUGGGCAUAUUUUAUCUUUUCUAGUUCAUUCGACUCAUCAUGAAGAUACAGAAUCAAUAAUCAAAUCAAAAUUAUAUAAAGAUAUUCAUUCUUGUUUAUUUGUCAAUUCGCUUUGGCAUGAUUGUGCUAGUCGAAUCCUUUGGCGUCAUGUUCUAUUUGAGGAUACAAAGACAGACUAUAUGUCUUUUCUCAAGUUUGCUUGCACUAUCUCUAAUACACUGAAUCUCAUUGUUCAACCCAAGCCAAUACAACAGCAACCUUCAUUCUUAUUUUAUAAACGAAAAAUUUAUAAAAAUGCGAAUAGUAACCAUACAAUGAGACAAUUAAAACAGCAAUUUGAUUUAAAACUAAAUUCUUCAUUCAAGCAAUUUUUCCCCAAGGAAGAUGAUGAUUCGAUUAUUUUUAAUAGCCGAUCCAAUCAUCAUUCUUCUCCUUCUUCUUCUUCUAUUAUUCAAAACAGAAAUGCCAUUCGUUCAUUCACACUUAAAAAGAUCAAGGAAAAGAGAAUUAACGAACCUUUAGAACAUAUAGGUCAAUAUAUGCCCAAGUUGGAGAAACUUGAUUUCUAUAUAUGUGAUCAUGUAUCGGAUAAAAGUCUUUUUAGUUUUAUUAAUCAUAACGCCGGCCAUUUAACCUAUUUGUCAUUAGCGGGUUGUAAUCGUAUUACAGAUGAUGCCAUAUUAAGUGUAGCUCAACAUUGUUCUAAACUAGAACAUUUAGAUCUUCGAGCUUGUGGGCAUAUCUCUGAUGUCUCUAUCAAAGCUAUUGCUCAUCAAUGUCCUGAGCUUCGUCACUUAAAUGUAGGUCGUGUGCGUGAUCGAGAAAAGAUUACCAUUCAAUCCAUUCGUUGGAUUGCCAUAUUGACAAAAAUAGCUGUACUUGGAUUAGCGGGUUGUGAUAUGACGGAUGAAUGUAUGGUAUUAUUAGCCAAGAUGCGAGGCUCAGGUCUUGAACGUAUCUCUGUUAACAAUUGUUAUCAAUUAACUAACAAAACGAUACAAGCUUUUGUAAGGCAUUGUCCUUAUUUAACUGUUUUUGAAAUGAAGGAGUGCCAUUGGAUUAAUGACUGGCAAUCAGUAGCUGAAUUAGCAAAGCGUAAAGUACUCUUGACGUUAUGUGAACAACAGAAUCAAGCUUGUGUUGCCUGGGCUCGUCGAACAGGAAGGUCACUAGAAGUUAGAGCACCUAUUAAAUAAAUAAUUUACAAUGUUUAUUA